AUGGGCAUGCAACUGUUCAGGAUCGACUCCCUUGAGAAGUACUAUUUCAUGAUGACCGACGAUAUGUACACGCACAAUUCUACGUACUGGAUAGGACUGUACAGCAAGGAAUCGGGUACAGAAGAGUCGCCGACGUGGGUAUGGAGUGUUGGCAACGAAACUUUGGCGGAAGAUGCUUGGACAAACUGGAGUAACUCUACAAAUGGCGGCACUAUGUAUUAUGGGCCAGGCGAAAUAUGUGUUGCACUGGCCGAGGAAGGGGAGUGGAUUAUCAGCCAGAUAUCGUCAUCAAUAGCUACCAUUAUCCGUCGUGCCCAUGUGGCUUUCUUCCGUUGGAUUGCGGAGACUUAUUGGAUAGGUUUUGCACAGUUGACACCUAACGAGCAGUGGGGUUGGGUAGAUGCGAGUCCAGAAGAUUGGGUUAUGUGGGGUCAAGGUCAGCCUAGUGUGAACGCUUCAGAGGAAGGCUGCGCUGCUGUAGCAGUUGGAGAGAGUGGCUUUUGGGAGGCGUUCAACUGCAGACAAAUGUUCAACUUCAUCUGUGAAAUCUCUCUUGCCGAUCCCAUCAACGAGCACUUCGAUAAUGAAAACCAUUGCUUUCUCUUCUGGCCAAGAAGAAAAACGUACAAUGAAGCCGAAAUUCUUUGUAAUACCAUGGGCAUGGAACUGUUCAGGAUCGACUCCCUUGAGAAGUACUAUUUGAUAGUAGACGAUAUGUACACGCACAAUCCUACGUAUUGGAUAGGACUGUACAGCAAGGAAUGGAGGAGAAAUGACUCACCGACGUGGGUAUGGAGUGCUGGCAACGAAACUUUGGCGGAAGAUGCUUGGACAAACUGGAGUAACUCUACAAAUGGCGGCACUAUGUAUUAUGGGAGCGGUGACAAGUGUGUGGCACUGGACGAAGAAGGGGUGUGGAUUGUUAAGGACUGCGGACAGUUUUCAUUUUUUAUAUGCUCCAGAGAUCAGACAGAUAUCGUCAAUGAUGGCGUCCAUUACCCGUCGUGCCCAUGUGGCUUUCUCCCAUUGGGUGACUCCUGCUAUCGAGUUUCUAGAAUAGCUGCAAACUUCACGCAAGCGUCUUCUACAUGCGAAGAAGAAGGUGGCCAUCUUGUCACCAUGGCAUCCAUUUUGGAAUUUGAGUCUUUGAUCAACUUUGUAAAUUUAAGUGUUCCCACUGGCCAGAUUGCGGAGGCAUAUUGGAUAGGUUUUGCACAGUUGACACCUGCCGACCAGUGGGGAUGGGUAGAUGCGAGUCCAGAAGAAUGGACUAUGUGGGGUCAAGGUCAGCCUAGUGUGAACGCUACAGAGAAAGGCUGCGCUGCGGUAGCAGUAGGAGAGAGUGUUUUUUGGGAGGCGUUCAACUGCAGUCAAAUUUUCAACUUCAUCUGUGAAAUCUCUCUUGCCGAUGAGGAAAGUAAAGUGCAGAAUAGUACCAAUUCCAGUACAACAGCAAGCAGUGGAGGAAACUGGAAAUCACAAACGUCUACUCCUUCAGGAUCGCCAACAACAACCUCAACCAUUGAAACAACGCCGAGAGAUAAUGCUUAUGUAGUAACAACAUCAACAACAACUGCCGUAACAACUCUCAGAGCAACAUCUACUGCCCCAGCUACUCCCACAACAACAGCUACCAUUCCAACAACUCCCACAACAACAUCUACCGUUCCAACAUCUCCUACAACAACAGCUACCGUUCCAACAACUCCCACAACAACAGUUACCGUUCCAACAACACCUACGACAACAUCUACCGUUCCAACAACACCCACAACAACUCCGGUACCUAGUGUUCAAAAAGUAGCCACAACAACGUCAACUGUUCCAACAACACACACAACAUUUACUGUUCAACGAACACCAACCACCUCAAGUACGAGUGUUGGUACAACAAGCAGCAAAGGAAGCAACGCACCUUCAAGCACCACUGACACUGCUGAAACAACCGAAAAAGGAUAUGGUUUUGAGUUGACAACUGAAACUGCAGAAAUACGAUGUGGCGAGGUACGCAAUUUUUCAACAACUUACAACAAUGGCACAGGUUCUACGUACUAUAGUCCGGGUUCUGUGGUGUUAUAUGUUUGCCAUGGCAACUUAACCUUUCUUGAUAACACGACGUCACGUCUUCGCACCUGCAACAACCAAGGGGAGUGGAUCCCAUACGAAAUACCAAUGUGCAGAGAAGGAUUUCAGGGCCCAAAACCUCGAAGAUCAAAGCGCCCUGAAAACCCAAAAGAAGCUGAAGGAGCACCCGCGAUCGGAUCAUUUGGUCUGCUAGCCGUCCUAUCUAUAGUGUGCACUGUAGUGGUUUCAGAUGUCCCCACUUUUUACCGCCAACUUCGGAUAAUGAAGCGUAACAUUUUAAGCACCUUUUAAACAUUAAAUCCACCAUAACAACAGGCAGGCAGACGACAGAAGAAGAUUCAGGUAAUCUUAAAUAAAGUGCACAAGUUCAGAGGU